ACUUGACAUUUGUCAUACAUUACAAUUCGUUGUGAAAUAUUUCGGCGGUAUUCUCUUAGAUUGAAAAGUAUAAUAAUAUUUUGAAUUUAAAGAGACGACAUAAUAACACAAAACCAUGAGUUUUUCAUUUGGACAGGCCACAACAACCGCUUCAGGAACUGCGUUUAGUACUAAUACAAUAACGGCAGGAUCCCUAUUUGGAGGAGGUGACAACAAACCUUUUCAGAGUCCAUCUGGCGACAAUAAAACAAACUUAUUUGGUACACCCACUACAAAUUCCCAGCCAUUUGGUGGAUUUUCAUUUGGUGCCAAGACAACUGCAUCAACAUCCAAUUUAUUUGCAAGUUCUACAACAACCGCCAGUUCUCCAUUUGGUGCGACUAAGCCAUUAUCAUUUGGAGGUUUUUCAGCACCACCUAACCAAACAGUUGGCAGUCCAGGUUUCGGGCAAGCUCCACCAAACCAAACUGUUGGCAGUUCCGUUUUUGGUCAAGCACCUCCUAAUCAAACAGUUGGUAGCCCUGGCUUCGGGCAAACUGCUCAAAGUUUAGGCAGCUCUCCAUUUGGUCAAGCACCACCAAACCAAACAGUGGGAAGCUCGGCAUUUGGACAAACUAAUCAAACUGUGGGAAGCUCGGUGUUUGGACAAACUAAUCAAACUGUGGGUAGUUCUCCUUUUGGACAAGCGCCACCCAACCAAACUGUUGGAAGUCCAGCAUUUGGUCAAACAGCCACAAAUCAAACAGUUGCCAGUCCUGCGUUUGGACAGACUGCCCCAAAUCAAACAGUUGCUAGCCCUGCAUUUGGACAAGCAACUACUACUCAGAAUGCCCCACAGAAUUUGUCAUUUGGCCAAACACAGCAGCAAACCACAGCUGCACCUGCCUUUGGUAAUACUGCUACAGCAUCAUUUGGUGUUGGAGCGGGUUCAGGAUUUUCUUUUUCGAAAGAAACAACAGCAAGUUCGGGAUUCUCCUUCACACCAACAUUCUCUAUGCCAACAUCACAACCAGCUGCUACAACAGCUCAAACAACACAAGCUAGCUUUUCCCUAACACCGGUAUCGUCUGCGCCCAGCUUCGCCCAGAGCUCACCCGCAUUCUCACAAAUGUUUGCUAAAACUACUACCUUCACUCCUACCACUGCAACGGUCACCACUACUGCUGCUACUUCUACUGCUGCACCAUCUUUCGCAACAACAUCAUCUAGCUUCAGUCUCGGACAACAACCAAGUUUCUUGUCACAACCAUCAACUACAACGGCUACAUCGAGCUUCUCGUUCGCUCAAAGCCAAGCUACACCAAGCUUCCCAACAAGCCAACCACAAGCCAGCAAACCAUUGACUUUCUCAACCCAACCAACAACUCAAGCUACAAGUCUUAGCUUCUCAAUGCCAACCAGCCAAGUUAGCCAAGCUAUCACUCAAGCUACAAGCCAAGCUGCGCCAGCUGAAACUUCUCAAGCUCAAAAGCUCAACUUCAAUGUGACAAGCUCAACAAGCCCAGCUACAGCUGUUGCUUCAUCGGGACUUGGUUUUGCAUCAUCUCAGCCGAGCACUCUUACCUUUACUGGGCCCGCAGCAACCAGUGUCAGUUUACCAUUAGGAAAGACAUCUACAGCCACCACUACUUCUGCUACGGCAACUCCAGCAAGCACUGGUAUAUUGUCACUGGGCAAGGCAACUACUGCUUCUACUACAAUGACAGCACUUACCACUGCAACUACUACAACAGCAUCAGGUCCCCCGCAGCCAAUAACUUCUAUAACUUUCGCACAACUUGAGGAGAACAUCAACAAGUGGACGUUAGAGCUCGAGGAACAGGAGAAGAUUUUCAUCAACCAAGCUACGCAGAUCAAUGCAUGGGAUAGAUUGCUUAUUGCUAACGGAGAUAUGAUAGUGGAGCUGAACGACACAAUCCAGAGUGUGAAGAACGAGCAACAGAGCCUCGAGCACGAGCUGGACUUUGUGGUGGCGCAACAACGUGAGCUGCAGGAGAUGCUCGCACCACUCGAGCGUACUCUGCUCGCUGACAACGACCGGCUGCGAGACCCUGAGAGGGAACAUAUGUACACUUUGGCUGAAAAUUUGGAUACACAACUGAGACAGAUGUCUGAAGAUCUCAAGGAGGUCAUUGAACAUCUAAAUGAGACCAACAGGAGUCAGGACACCAAUGAUCCGAUUGUCCAAAUUGGACGUAUAUUAAAUGCUCAUAUGUCAUCAAUGCAGUGGAUAGACAACUCUAUAGCACAGAUCACAACUAAACUGGACCAAUUGAAAGCGACACAUGACACAUUGAGGAGAGAUAAUGAGAGAUCAUUCCAACUCACAUAUAACUGAGUACAGACGGACAUCAUUGUGAAAUGUUAACCGAUUCCUUGUACAAAAAACAUAUUUUCAUCUCUCAUUUUAUUAAAAAAAAAAAUAGAGAUA